AUGAAGAUCCUACCGUCUUCCCUCCGUCUUAUAGGCAAUUUCCUUGCCGUCAGUCUGCUGACGUGCCUCUUCGCGACGGCGUUCAAUCUCGACUUCCUCCCGCGCGGUUUAUCGACGCGAUUGUUCGGACGAAGCCUUCCAGGAUCGCUGAUAACUGCUCCCCAAGGUGCAGUUGGGUAUCAACCUCCUCCAGGUCCCGUUGCCAACGAAGCGCGACCAACAGAGACCUCCCAUCCAGAGGCCUACAAGACGAUCACCACAACGAUCAUUACCCUAGAGACAACGCACGAACUGAGGCAAGCCCCAAUGGCCAUGAAGAACUCGUCAGCACUGUUUGGUCACCGGGACUGUGACCAGGACACGGGUGAUGGUGGUACCUACACAAACGACUUCUUCCAAAGGAAGUAG